CUGAUGUCGUAUCGCUCGUCGCAGUAUAAAGACUGGCCAUUGCCUCGCAUUCCCGACCAUGGCUCACUUCAGGUCAUGUUGCGAGGGAGAGCUUUGUCUGUAACGGCGUACCUUCUUCUUCUCUCUUCUUGACUUCCUUCGUGCUUGCUUCAUCUCGUCCAAGCGUCCACCAUCUUCAUCCCGCUUUGGGUGAACGUUGCGGAUGCCCCACGCCGUAUCGAGGUCCAGUUCUCCCGCUUUUCUCGCUGAUAGCAGGAUGGCGUUCAAUCAACACGCCAGCUCCUCGUCUCAAGCAUACCAAACUCCACCUUUUGCGCAUUAUGGCAGCCCCUCUCGAAUGGACGCUGCUACAGGACAACCACAAUUCGAGAUCCUAGAAUGGUAUCCGCAGUUUCUGAGUUGCCAUCGAUACUUCCUGGACCAUGCACAGCAUAGCGGACCGGUGCAAGCUCUUGCAGCAUUUGUCAAUAUUCAGUUGCCUUUUCAGAAACAUCCAAAUCCGAUUAUUUCAUCUACGGCCUCUUCACCCCGCUCUGGUGGUGGUGCGGACAUUCCACAGCUUCGACAACCGAAUCCAUUCUCUCAGAUUCACAGUGCACCACAUGCGCAAGGUGUAUCCCUGAUUCCAUACAUACGGCGGUUGGUUGCGACGGGACAUGAUACCCCAGGUGUGCUACAUGGUUUCUUUGGAGACGAUUGGGUAAUCGGAGUGGGAUCAUUACAUGAGAUUGAGAGGAGAAAUUACUUGUUCGCGGCCAAAAGCACCAGCUGGCUGAAGGUCAAACAAGCAUACGACAUGGGUCCAGAAGAGACUAUACCAUUCUUGAGUCCACUCAAGGACGCGAGCGAGAAAGAGAUUCAAAUGGCAGAGGCAGAAUGGAGCAGAUGGCUGGCUAUGCAGGAUUGGAUGCUUGGCCCAAGAACACCCGAGAUACGCUCACCUCGGGUGAAGAGAGAGGCGCAAGAGUGAGACUUGAAGGGUGCGCCUCGCGAUCGAUCAUAUAUGAAUACUGCAGGAAGAUACAAAGAUGAGACAUGAACUUAUGACCGUCAAAUGGAAUUAUCUGCUGAGAUGGAAGUGGGAACACAGAACCGCUGUUGGCUUAGCAGGACUUCCAUGCAUCUGUGUCUCAAAACCAUGUAGUAAUAGACCCUUUACUUCUAUCAGAACCAAUAUCAAUAUUCCAAAAGUAUUUCUGGUCGGCUGCAUGUUAUGGUU